AUGUCCUCCACUUCUGAGUGCAUUGGUUUGGGUGCAGCAAGAGCUGCAGUAGCGUCUGAAGAUAUUGCAGAACUUCAGCAGGCAGUAGUUGAAGAGCUUGGCAUCUCCAUGGAGGAACUAAGGCAGUUCAUCGAUGAAGAAUUAGAAAAAAUGGACUGUGUGCAGCAGCGCAAGAAGCAGCUAGCUGAAUUGGAAAACUGGGUAAUACAGAAGGAAUCUGAAGUGGCCCAUGUUGAUCAGCUCUUCGAUGAUGCGUCCAGGGCAGUGACUAAUUGUGAGUCUUUGGUGAAGGACUUCUACUCCAAACUGGGACUACAGUACCGGGAAAGUAGCUCUGAGGAUGAAGCUUCCCUGCCUACUGAAGUAAUAGAGAUACCUGAUGAAGAUGAUGAGGUCCUCAGUAUUGAUUCAGGAGCCUUGAGUCACAUGACUGGUGAACUGAGCAAAGAUGGUGACCUGGUUGUCAACAUGCGGAUUCUAGGCAAGAAGAGAACUAAGACAUGGCACAAAGGCACCCUUAUUGCCAUCCAGACAGUUGGGCCAGGGAAGAAGUACAAGGUUAAAUUUGACAACAAAGGGAAGAGUCUGCUGUCAGGGAACCAUAUUGCUUAUGAUUACCACCCGCCUGCUGACAAGCUGUAUGUGGGUAGUCGAGUCGUGGCCAAAUACAAAGAUGGGAAUCAAGUCUGGCUCUAUGCUGGCAUUGUAGCUGAGACACCAAACGUCAAAAACAAGCUCAGGUUUCUCAUUUUCUUUGACGAUGGUUACGCUUCCUAUGUCACACAGUCUGAACUGUAUCCUGUUUGCCGGCCAUUGAAAAAGACUUGGGAGGACAUAGAAGAUAUUUCCUGCCGCGACUUCAUAGAGGAAUACAUCACUGCCUACCCUAAUCGCCCCAUGGUGUUGCUCAAGAGUGGCCAGCUUAUCAAGACUGAGUGGGAAGGCACAUGGUGGAAGUCCCGGGUCGAGGAGGUGGAUGGAAGUCUAGUCAGGAUCCUCUUCCUGGAUGACAAAAGAUGUGAAUGGAUCUAUCGAGGAUCUACAAGACUGGAGCCUAUGUUCAGCAUGAAGACAUCUUCAGCCUCUACAUUGGAGAAGAAGCAAGGGGGACAGAUGAGAACACGUCCAAACAUGGGUGCUGUAAGGAGUAAAGGCCCAGUGGUCCAGUACACCCAGGAUCUGACCAGUACUGGAACUCAGUUCAAGCUGUUGGAGCCCCCACAGCCUCCUGCUCCACCUGUCCUACCUGUUCCCCUACCUGCUCCACCUCUGUCCCCCCAGGCAGCUGACAUUGAUUUGGAAAGCCAGCUUGCCCAGUCACGGAAGCAAGUAGCCAAAAAAAGCACUUCAUUCCGUCCAGGAUCUGUGGGUUCUGGUCAUUCAUCUCCUACAUCCCCUACUCUCAGUGAAAAUACUCCUGGAAAACCUGUUAUCAGUCAGACAUACAGAUUACCUUUAAUCUCAACAACAACUGCUCCGACAACAGCUACCCCAACACCCCCAGCACCUCCAACACCCCCAGCACCCCCAGCCCCUCCAGCCCCUCCAGCCUUUCAUGGCAUGCUGGAGAGGGCCCCAGCAGAGCCAUCCUACCGUGCCCCCAUGGAGAAGCUAUUGUAUUUACCUCAUGUCUGUAGCUAUACAUGUCUGUCUCGAGUCAGACCUAUGAGGAGUGAGCAGUACCGAGGCAAGAACCCUCUGCUAGUCCCAUUACUCUAUGACUUCCGAAGGAUGACAGCCCGUCGUCGAGUGAACCGCAAGAUGGGCUUUCAUGUCAUUUACAAGACACCCUGUGGCCUCUGCCUUCGGACAAUGCAAGAGAUUGAACGCUACCUUUUUGAGACUGGCUGUGACUUCCUCUUCCUGGAGAUGUUCUGCUUGGAUCCCUAUGUUUUUGUAGACUGCAAGUUUCAGCCCUAUAAGCCUUUUUACUAUAUUUUGGACAUCACCUAUGGGAAGGAAGAUGUUCCUUUAUCCUGUGUCAAUGAGAUUGACACAACGCCCCCACCCCAAGUAGCCUACAGCAAAGAACGUAUCCCAGGAAAAGGUGUUUUCAUUAACACAGGCCCUGAAUUUCUGGUUGGCUGUGACUGCAAGGAUGGGUGCCGAGACAAGUCCAAAUGUGCCUGCCAUCAGCUAACUAUCCAGGCUACAGCCUGCACCCCAGGGGGCCAAAUCAACCCCAACUCCGGUUACCAGUAUAAGAGACUAGAUGAGUGUCUGCCCACAGGGGUAUAUGAAUGUAACAAGCGCUGCAAAUGUGAUCCUAACAUGUGCACAAACCGACUGGUACAGCACGGACUACAGGUUCGGCUCCAGUUGUUCAAAACCCAGAACAAGGGGUGGGGUAUCCGCUGUUUGGAUGACAUUGCCAAAGGCUCCUUUGUCUGUAUUUAUGCAGGCAAAAUACUGACAGACGAUUUUGCAGACAAGGAGGGUCUGGAAAUGGGUGAUGAGUACUUUGCAAAUCUGGACCAUAUUGAGAGUGUGGAAAAUUUCAAGGAAGGCUAUGAGAGUGACGCUCCCUGUUCUUCCGACAGCAGUGGUGUAGACUUGAAGGACCAGGAAGAUGGCAACAGUGGUUCUGAUGACCCUGAGGAGUCCAAUGACGAUAGUUCUGAUGAUAACUUCUGUAAGGAUGAAGAUUUUAGCACCAGCUCAGUGUGGCGUAGCUAUGCUACACGGCGGCAGACUCGGGGCCAGAAAGAGAAUGGAUUGUCUGAAACAGCUUCCAAGGACUCUCGCCCCCCAGAUCUUGGACCCCCACAUAUUCCUGUUCCUCCAUCAUUCACUGUAGGUGGCUGUAAUCCACCUUCCUCAGAAGAGACACCCAAGAAUAAAGUGGCCUCAUGGUUGAGCUGCAACAGUGUCAGUGAAGGUGGUUUUGCAGACUCUGAUAGCCGAUCAUCUUUCAAGAUCAGUGACGGUGGGGAUGGCCGGUCUUGGGGAACCCGAGGGGAGGUUGAGAAGGUAUCCACCUCAGGACUGAUCAUGAAGGAUGAAGGAGACAUCAAACAGGCCAAGAAAGAGGACCCUGACGACCGGAACAAAAUGUCAGGAGUAACUGAAAGCUCCCGAAAUUAUGGUUACAAUCCUUCUCUUGUGAAGCCUGAAGGACUUCGCCGCCCACCUAGUAAGACUAAUAUGCAUCAGAGCCGACGGCUCGGGGCCUCUGCUCAGUCCAACCCUGAUGAUGUCCUGACAUUGUCCAGCAGCACAGAAAGUGAGGGGGAAAGUGGAAACAGCCGAAAGCCCACUGCUGGUCAGGCAUCAGCUACAGCAGUUGACAGUGAUGACAUCCAGACCAUCUCCUCUGGCUCUGAAGGGGAUGACUUUGAAGACAAGAAGAACAUGUCUGGCACAACAAAGCGCCAAGUAGCAGUAAAAUCAACCCGAGGCUUUGCUCUUAAAUCAACCCAUGGGAUUGCCAUUAAAUCAACCAACAUGGCCUCUGUGGACAAAGGGGAGAGUGCACCUGUUCGUAAGAAUACACGCCAGUUCUAUGACGGUGAAGAGUCUUGCUACAUCAUUGAUGCCAAGCUUGAAGGCAACCUGGGCCGCUACCUUAAUCACAGCUGCAGCCCCAACCUGUUUGUCCAGAAUGUCUUCGUGGACACCCAUGAUCUCCGCUUCCCUUGGGUAGCCUUCUUUGCCAGCAAGAGAAUCCGGGCUGGAACGGAGCUUACUUGGGACUACAACUACGAGGUGGGCAGUGUGGAAGGCAAGGAAUUGCUCUGCUGCUGUGGAGCUAUUGAGUGCAGAGGGCGUCUUCUUUAA